AUGGCGUCUGCUGAUCCAACCGCGACCGCCGACUCCAGCGUGGUCGUCCACGAGAAGACGGACCAACCCGCCGAUGCAUCCCAAGAUGGACUGCCCAAGUCGGCUCAGAGCUCUGAGCCGUCCGUCGAGGACGAGCCGGCACCGCAGCUGCACGCAAAGACAUUCUUGGUCGUGUUUGCCGUCUGUUUCAUCUACUUUGCGCAGCUCGUCAACGUCGUCGGCGCCGGUGCUCAAGCCCAAACGGUCGUUCAAGUUGUUGGCGGCGCCUCCAACAGUGUUUGGCUGACGUCGACGAUUGCCAUCCUGACAAGCGUCCUGUCUCCGGUCGUGUCCCAGGCGGCUGACUACUGGGGCCGUCGCUGGUUCCUCAUUGUCCUCACGCUGUGCGGUGUUGUUGGCUCCAUCGUCGUGGCCCGCGCCAACAGUGUCGGCAUGGCCAUUGCGGGCUUCACCGUGACGGGCAUUGCGUACGGCGCCCAGCCGCUGCUCCAUGCCGUGGCCUCGGAAGUCCUGCCGCGCCGAUACCGUCCGUGGGCGCAGGGCACCGCCAAUUUGUCUGCCGCGCUGGGUGGCGUCGUGGCGCUCCUGGUCGGCGGUGCCAUGACGCGCAACGGCAACGCCGCCGGCUUCCGCAACUACUGGUACAUGGCCACGGCCGUCUUUGCCGUCGCCACGAUCCUCACGGCCGUGCUGUACACGCCGCCCAAGACGGCCAACCAGCUCAACUUUUCCAACAGCGAGAAGCUGGCCAAGCUGGACUGGAUCGGCUACGCGCUCCUGUCCUCCAGUCUGGUGCUGUUCUGCAUCGGCCUGUCGUGGUCGCAGAACCCGUACCCGUGGUCGGACCCGCACACGUCCGCCACCUUUGCGGUCGGCCUGGCCCUGCUCGUCGGCCUCAUCGUCUACGAGAUCUGGUUCAAAAAGGACGGCAUGCUGCACCACGACCUGUUUACGCACCGCAACUUUGCCAUUGCCCUCGGCUGUGUCUUUGUGGAAGGCCUCGUCUUCUUUGCCGCCAACAACUACUUUGCCUACGAAGCCAGCGUGCUCUACGAGACGGACACGCUGCGCACCGGUCUGCGCUACACGAUCAACAUGAUUGUGUACGGCGUCAGCGCCAUCUUUGCCGGCUUCUACUGCUCCAAGACCAAAAACGUGCGCUGGCCGGCCUUUGCGGCGUUCGUGUCCAUGGUGAUCUUUUUUAUUCUCAUGGCCACUGCGACGCCGUCGGCCACCAGCGCACGCAACGUCUGGGGCUACCCGGUUUUCUUGGGCCUGGGUCUUGGCAUUUGCCUCUGUGCGCUGGUGACAGUUGCCCAGCUUUCGACGCCCCGCGAGCUUAUCGCAAUUACCAGCGGCCUCAUGAUCGGCAUGCGCUCGCUCGGUGGCUCGAUCGGCCUAGCUAUUUACAAUGCCAUUCUCUCCGGAGAACUCAACAAGAAUCUUGGAGCCAACAUUGCCGGUGCCGUCCUCCCCCUCGGCCUGCCGGAGACAUCUCUGGGCGCCUUAAUCGGUGCUCUUGCGGCCCAGGACACGACGGCGUUGCUUGCUGUGCCGGGCAUCUCGCCGGAUAUCAUCAAUGCGGCCGUUGGUGCGCUCAAGUCCACGUACAGUGUCGCAUUCCGCUGGGUGUGGGUUGCGGCUGGUGCGUUUACAGUUGUUGCCGCCAUUGCUGCCAUUUUCUUGAUUGACCCCAAAAAGGAGUUCAACAACCACAUCGAUGCUCCAGCCGAAAAGGCCGAGGACUUGUAUCACUAA